CCGCGGCUGGUUGACCACAAAGCUGCAAGCCAUGGCAGGGGAAUAAUCUGUGGAGGCUGUUAUGUCGACCGGGGGCUGAGCAGUCUAGGUGAUAAUGCUUCUAACACCACCACUUCUCGCCUACAAAAAGGGGUACAGAUCAGGGAAGUUUCAGUGAGGAGUAGAGAUUACACACCGGCUCCGAGAGUAUUUUCGUGCACGAGAGCAGACGACAAUUUUCAAUCAAGAUCGGCGGAAUACGAGGAAAUAUAUGGAUUAAUUGCCUGCUACUUCACGAAGUAGCAAACUUUCAAAGGAAUCUGGUUUAGAUAUUUCACUACUGAGAGAAUAACGGUAAGAGCUCACACAAGUGCCUAAUUAUCACAACUCUUCAGCAACAGAAAGUUUUGAGAAGAGAAGUCAUUGGAUGAAAUAUGAAUGUGGAUUCAAUGUGAAGACGUGGAUAUACAUUAACGGAACUACCUGCAAGUGCAAUACUGUCAAAGUUGCUCCAUUCUUCAUUCAGUGGUAUAGCCUAGUUAUUCAGUGGACCAUUUGUCAACACCAUAAACAACACAAGAGGAUCCACUUAAGGUGCCAUCUAAUGUUAUUACCGCCUGUUCAUUUGGCAGAUAUCUACCGAUCGAGUCGCCAAUUGGGAAUUAAAGCUACUCUUUCACCGGAAACAAUUUACAAGUGAUGUCAUUCUUCAAAAGUUCAUGUCACUUAAAUUGUGCAACACGAAACCUUGGUGCAUGUGACUGACUACUUCGGUGUUUUAUCAGCGGAAUACCAACAUUUUACCAACUUACUGAAGACGUCAAGGCAGAAUGGGGAAACUCAGUGUGUUUAAGAUAGCCUUGAGCAAUGUUCAAGGCGUCUAUUUUGCGGGACAGAUGCUGCAGGGUCACGUGAUCUUGGAGCUGAAUGAACCUGUAAAGUUAAAAGGCAUCCGGAUCACGUUUCGGGGACGGGCGUUCGUGCACUGGACGGAACAGCUGAUGAGGGGGCCGGGUGAGAGUCGUUUCCGGGAAAUCCGUCACCACGCUGCCACGGAGGAAUAUUUCGACGUGUCACAUCCCCUCAUCCCCAGGGGGUCUGGUAACAAUGACGAAAAGAAGAUCCUAGCCCCUGGUCAGUACACGUACCCCUUUCAGUUUGAGCUACCGGGCAAUCUGCCAAGUUCAUUUGAAGGUCAACACGGCUUCCUCCGUUACUGGGUCAAGGUUACAAUGGAGAAACCAUGGAAGAACGACUACUCUACCAAGAAAGUCUUCACGGUAAUCUGCCCCAUGGAUCUGAACAGAGAGCCGUCAUCGGGGCAUCCUCUUCAGUCCAGGAAGAAUAAGCGUCUGUGCUGCCUGUGUUGCCGGUCGGGCCCUGUCAGUGCCGUUCUCGGCCUCCAACAGAAGAGCUAUGUCCCCGGGGAGGCCAUCAUAAUCACAGGGGAGGUCAACAACAUGUCCUCCAGGAAGAUGGGAGGCUCGUCGGUGGAACUGAAGAUGACAACAGUAUUCCACUCCACCACCAAGACUCGAGCAGUCACCCAGCAGGUCGGGAAACUGAAGCGGGGACCAAUCGCCACUGGGGACACAGACAUAUGGGACGGCGAGAAGCUGAUCAUCCCUCCCUUGCCACCAUCCUUCCUCCUCGGCUGCAGCAUCAUCGACAUCAAAUACAUCAUCGAGUUACGUGUAGACCCCGUGGGACCAGCGUUUGACCUAGCGAUACCAAUAGAGAUCCUCAUUGGAACAAUCCCAGUUCGUUCGGCCGUCCAAAAAUAUAUCAGAAACAAUCAGAUCACUCCACCGGUCGAUAGGCCUCCACAACCACCGCCGUCAUGCCCCAAUAAUAACAUAGGCUGGACCAACUCAGUGCUGAACCCUACGUAUGGCCAAUCGAGUCAAGGCCAGAGUCCUUCCUCCCCUGGUUACCCGUUCAGUCAACCCAGCACUCCUGGCAUCGCCUUCAGCUACGCGCACCCUGGCUACGGCUUUCCUCCAAGUUCAGGAUACAGUCAGCUCAAUUCUCAUGGUCAAUUUCAAGGCCAAAGCUAUGGACAGUCACAGGCGCAAGGCUUUGGCCAUGGUCAAAACAGUGUUCAGGGUUAUGGGCAAGGUCAAGGUCAAGGUCAAAACUAUGGACCACCUCCGGGUCACGGCCAAGGCUAUGCACAAAGUCGCCCGUACCUUCAUCCUCAAGGGCAGCCGUCUCAUCAGAUGUACUCGCAUGGUGCAGAUGGACGAUUGUCAAAUGGUCCGUAUCCUCAAGGAGCAUCCGCCGAUGCACAGGGAGAUAGCACGUGGAUGCCCACACCCAUGCUCUCGGAGUACUUCUUCGGCCAGCGUUACGUGCGGGACGACGACGACGACGAGUUUACGCAAGGAGACAUGUACUACACACCGCUGUACGUGCUCUACGACUUCGAGAAGCCAAAAGAGAAACCGACGCGGACUGUGAGAAUCGCAUCGUAACAGCGAAUGGAAUGUUAAAAGACACUGGGAGAACCGCAAUACAACGGUGAAUGAGAUGCAGAAAGGCACUGUAAGAAUUGCAAUAUAACGCUGAAUGAGCUUAUAAAAGCACUUUACAAAUCACGCUGACACGGAAAACAAGAUACGGAAACGCAGUGACUAAACCGUAUCGUAACAGCGAACAAAAAAUGGACACGUGCUGUCAGAUUCGAAUCCAAACUGCGAAUAAGUGCACAUUUUUCUUUUAAAUCGCAUCCUCUGUGCGAAUGCGAAAUAUACACGUGCCUUCUCAAUCGCAUCGUACUAGCGUAAAAGAAGCGCACACGCGUCUUUGCAAGGUAUCCAGACAGAAGUGGACACGUGCUGUUCGGACCGCACUAUAACGCGGAUACGCACAGUUAGAAUCGCAUCUUAAUAGGGUAUACGACGUUGACACGUAGGGGACGCAUCACGAAUGAAAACCGGCACGGGUUGUCAAGGGACGUUGUCUAACGGUCACUGUAUACACAUGCAGACCCAGGUGUUCACAAAAGGGUGUGGGACGCCCAUAAUGUCAAAGCCCCGAAGGGUGACGUGGCCGAUGCCGAGGACGCAGUUAACAUGAACGCACCUCCAACACCACCACAACCACUCCUGGGGAUCCGGCAGUGUCUGGGGAUUCGCAUUCGGGGAUUGAAAGUGGAUACUGGCUAAUCUAAUCCAUGACGUGACAGGAGCCAAUAUUCUCAGCUGUCCACAGUGAUGAUGACGGGUAAAUUCACGUUUAAUUAUUCAUCUUCGAAUAACCCUGCCUAUAUGUGAUGCUUGUGUUGGUCCAAUUUAUGUGUAUAAGAGUGAAUAAAAGAUGUUGAAGAAUAAAAAGUUGUUGAAACGCAAUGUCCUUUAGUGUAAUAUAUAGGUGAUAUACGACCCAAGAGGAACAAGCAAAACACCUGCAUCGUCAAGUAGUGAUAGCAGCAGGCUUUUUAACAAGGUGUCUUGGGUUCGAAUCCAAACGCAUUGUGGUUAUAUAAAAAAAGUGGCUACAGAUUCAAAGGAUACAUUAGUAUACGGUAGAAAAAACACAACAUGAUGUCAAACAUUCAUGAAAUCAGAUUUUAUUUGUAGUCGGAUCUGUAAAUAAUAUUUCUCCGAAAUAUUCGUUGUAGAAUACAAACGUGUUAUUCCGCGCGAUUAUAUCAAUGGAUAUUUCUGUACUUCAUGUGAACAUUUGUUAUUUCUUUCCAAUAUGUACUGAAUUUACAUGAUAAUGCCAAAAUUGUUUUACAUGAUUAUAUAUUUUGUCAUAUUUGUAAUUGUACCGUGUAAAUCACUGUAGGCACCUGGGAACACUCGGUCAAAGCAUGAUUAAACACCUUAUUGGUGAAUAUUUUGUGAAA